GAAGAAAAAUAGACCAAUAGCAAAGCAGCCUUAUCUGUUUUGAAUUGAAGGCGGUUGGUGACAAUUUCAAAGAAGCAAUAGUCGUCUCUUUUUGCUGAUACCUGACGUUUUCCAACACUUCACGAUGUCAAGUCAAAGUAUGGAAGGCUCGCCUUCCAGGAGAUGUGUAGAACGUCUUCCAUUAAGAAGUAUGGAGAAUAAAGAGUCAGCCCUGAAGCAACAAUCUAAAUCACUCUUUAACACUACUCAGGGGGCUGCUAAUUCUCGUAUCCUGCGCUCUCCGCCAUCCGCCAAUUUUACACAACCCAUUGGUUCCACUACUGAACUGACGUCCUACUUGCUGGGAGAUGUCACUUUUAAAUCCUUCAUCUGCUCCGGCGGUGAAGUCGAACUUGGCCAAUCCUCAUUGUGUGUGGCAGACGACGAUGGCGACCAUGUUGUGUUGCGUGAGGACCACCAAUCUGUGUCUUCUAAUUGCGAAAAAGAUGACUCCGUUGCCAGUGAGCUUGUGUCAUCAUGCGACAACCACGCGGAACAUCCCUACUGCCACCCAGCUGAUGCUAAUGUCUAUGAAGCUGCUGUGGAUCUGACUUGGAAGUCUUUUGCCUGUGAUGGCGGCGAGGUGGAAGUUUUGGACGCCACCAAUAGACCGCUGGAUGCAACUUUUCUUCUUCCUGCUGGAGAUCUUGUACAGGACAAAAGCAUCAACUCCAGCAACCUCUUUGAGGCCAGCCAUUUGGGUCCAGCAGAGGAACACGUGGAUCAUCCGUAUUGUAAUUAUGAAUGUGGUGAGAAGUCUUCUGGUGCGGUCUGCGACGUGACCGUCGGGACUUUUAUCUCCUCUGGGGGUGGAGUAGAAAUCCCAGACAGCGCUCCGACAACAGAGGAGAUUCUUCCUUUGCCAGCUGACGACGUUCCAAUCAUUCCUCCAGAUCUGAGCGUUUUACCUGCGGGCGAAAAGCUCUGCAGUGAACAUUUGGAGCUUGAUGGCCCCUCAGCAUGCGUUGCGGAACCUUGCGGCCAGGAUCCUCUCAACGUGGACCCUUUCGGACAAGGGACGAUAGGUAUUCCAGGUGAGGAACAAGCUGUGUCCUCCCAGCUCCUGCAGGCUAAUGAGGAACGUCUCGUUAUUCAAAAGAGCUCCAGCCCAGACUUUGAGGUCUCCUGUUCAACACAAGCGUCCAACGAGGCUUUGUCGAAUGAUCCGUUUUGUUUUGAGACACCGGAGAUUCUUCUUUUGCCAGCUGACGUUGUUCCAAUCCUUCCUCAAGAUCUGAGCGUUUUACCUGCGGAUGGAAAGCUCUGCAGUGAACAUUUGGAGCUUGAUGCCCCCUCAGCAUGCGUUGCGGAACCUCGCGUCCAGGAUCCUCUCAACGUGGACCCUUUCGGACAAGGGACGAUAGGUAUUCCAGGUGAGGAACAAGCUGUGUCCUCCCAGCUCCUGCAGGCUAAUGAAGAACGUCUCGUUAUUCAAAAGAGCUCCAGCCCAGACUUUGAGGUCUCCUGUUCAACACAAGCGUCCAACCAGGCUUUGUCGAAUGAUCCGUUUUGUUUUGAGACACCAGACCUCUCACAUCAUGAUGGCAGCUCACCCUCUCAUCUCGGCACUGCCACUCCCACCGAAGACAGCGAAGUACAGGACAGUGCACUCGGUUCAUCUGAGGAUAGACCACCCUAUCCAAACUCCGCAGACAAACCUUCGGCCGACAAUCUCCCCGAUGUCCUUAAAGUCCUCUCGGGGUGUGUCUCGGUGGCCCUGCAGCUCGGAGAGGAUUCUGCCCAUGAAAAGAGCCUGGUGGCUCCAGGUGGUCCCGUUUUGGGUCGUUUGUGGGCGGACAUCUUGGAGAGCCCUAUGCCCCGCCCCCUUUUUAACUCCACCACCCUGUGCAACAAACUCCAGCAGAGUCCAGUCCUGCAAGCAGAUGAAGAUUUCAGCAAGGCGCCUGCCGUUGUCCCCCAAUCAGGUCUUGCCCGUGGGCGGCUCAUCACCGAGGGUCCGCUCCAGCAGCAACUACAGCAGAUGGGCGAGUUCCUCAUCCUUGCGUCGGGGAAAGUGGGCCUUAAUGUAUCUCCUCCUGCUGCUGCUCCUCCUGUGAAAUCCCACAACGCCUGUGUGGGCAGCACCCCCGUUAAAAUGUGGGAUCAGGGCUUAAACACAUCAGGACAGUUUGAGAGGAAGAGGAAGUUCUCCACAGCGGACGCAAGCAGUCUCACCGAUCCUCUCCUGUGGAACGUUGCCCCGGGCAGCCUGGAAUGUCUCCCAAAAAAGGAGCUGGAGCAGAGGCUGAGGUCCAGCAUGAUCAUGGUGGAGGCCUUAGUGCAGCAGCAGGCAAUGGCCAGAGUCCACAGUCACCUUGCUGGCCCAAUGCUGUCGGAAAUGCGUGACAAGCUGGUGCAGACGGACCACACUGAACUCAGCCAGACCACCAUGUACAGAGAUCUGUACACGGAAGCGUUGAACAGGAUUGGCGACUUAGAGCAGGAUGCAACUUCUCUCCAGGAACUUGUCCAGUGCAUGCAGGGCAUGCGGGUUACCAUGACGUCUCUUGCCAGUGACACUGAUGCAGCUCUCUCUAACAUGAAGCACACGGAGGAGCUCGUCCGAGAGGAUCAUAGCAACCUCGUUUCACAUUAUAAGGAGAUGAAGUCCUUGUUCACAAAAUCGAAGGAGAUGCAGACGCGACUAAUGCAAAAGGUAAAAGACGCCCUUCAACAAAGAGACCACAUGAGGACGCAGAUGGACGGGGCCUUGACAGUCAAGGAGGCCGCUCUCAGUACAGUGGAACAGCUGAGGAGUCACUGUGCUGACGAAAUAGCGGCAUUGCAGAGGAGCGUCGGCUCUCAGCAAGAACUACUUCUCGUCCUUAACAACACCUUCCCUGAGCAGGUUGCAUUAAAUACGUGCAACAUCGAAACGCUAAACUCUGCUUCAGAUCUUCUACGCCAAACCAUGCAGGAACAGUCCAGCUUGAUGAAAGAACUGCACGACGUCAGGAACCUCGUGCACAGGACAGCACCCGUCUUGAUGAAGCUCAACCAGAAGGCGGCGGAUGCUUUGCGAGAGAGAGACGAUUACAUGUUGGCACGAGACCGAGCUCUGGAGGACAAAGAACAGUUGGAGGAUGAGCUGAUUCAAACUCGAUUAAAUCUCCAAGCUGCCGAAGUACAGAUUGAUGAUUUGAAUCUGCAGGUUACAAUCUUAACCUCAGAGAUGGGCGUGCUGCGUCAGAAGCUAACAGAGCAUGAGGAGGACAGCGCUCAGUUGGAAAGAAAGGUGACAGAGAUGUCGGCAACCUUGUCCUCCACGUUGGCCGCGCACACCUUCCUGGAGCACACGCUUGCUGAAGAGACGUCCAAAUUGUUGCAGGCACAAAGCGACGCAAGCCAGGCCCAGGACAUGGCAGAGCAGUUGGUGUCAUCUCUGCAGCAAGCAGAGCAGAGGGUUGAGGUUCUCAGUCAGACUCUGUGUGAGAGCGAGGAACAGUUCAGCAGGCUGCAUGCGCUCACACAGGAGCAGAGCUUGCAGAUCCAGCAGCUGCAGGAUGUCUGCGCACAGCUCAGCGGCGUGAGGGAGAUGAAUGAGUUCCUGCAGAUGGAGAACGAGCUGGCCCGGGAGCAGAUGGCGGAAAGUGAGAGCACGCUGAGCUCUAACCUGCAGGCUCUUCGGGAGAGGAACAUCCAGUGUGAAGACAUGAAAAUGGAAAUCUCCCAGCUACAGCUCGAGAGGAGCAGUGUCCAGGACGAGCUGGAGGCUGUGCGGGCCCGAGCCAAUGCGGUCCAGCUGAAACAGGACGAGGAACUUGCUCAGGCAGUCACUGAAAUCACCUUGCUGAAUCACACGCUGCGAGGUGUCACCAACCAGUUACACGGCGCCCUAGAGAAACCAGAUGCAAAAAAUCCCCCACCGGCUCUAAAAGUGGAGCGUCACCCAUCCUCUUCCUUUGUGGACUGCGUGAUGGUUGCAUUAAUUACAGAGAAGGACGCAGCGGCACUGACCACAACGCCUGUCAAAGCUGUUGCUGCAGACUCGCCCGAGUCACCGAGUGAAGCCGUAUUCAGCGGGAAGAGCGCCUUCACCCGUGUUGGCGUCACACCGAAAAAAAAGGAGGAGUUUGAGCCAGAAGAGGAGGAGCAACAGAGCAGUGCAUUGGAGCUGCUGGCCCACCUAAGCAACACAAUCACAGAACUGGUCUCCACCCUCAAGACAGUGCAGCAGUGCAAAGAUGCUCGGGUGGAGGAACUCCAAAGCAGCGUUUCCAGUCUGGAGAUGGCGCUACAUUUCGCUAACAGCCAGCACGAGUCUGAGGUUUUUGAUCUCAAGCACGAGCUGAACCGCGUUACCACUCUGAUGGAGAAAGGCAAACACGCGCUGCAGCAAAAAGCUCAGGAUGAGAAGAUGGUGGAAAAAUUGAUUGCGGACGUCAACGAGGCCCAUGAGCUUGUGACCAAACAAAAGAACGAUUAUAAUGAUUUACGGAAGGAGGCGGCGGAGCUGCGUCGCUCUCUGAAGGAGACGCAAACGGAGGCUCAAUUCCUGCGAGCCGAGCUGGCAAAAGCAGGACAUCAGACGGACGGCGAUGCUCUUUUUAUGGACGAGAAGCUCAAGUUGUUGAAAGAGGUGGACAGACUGAAGACGGCACUUCAGGAAGCAGAGAAGGCCCGAGGUAAACUACUGGAAAGGGCCAAGCGACACCAAAUGAUCCACCAGAUGAACCAGGUGAAGAGCGAGAAGGAGCUCCACAUGUUGAACAACAUGAUCAAUAAAGUGCGAGAGGUGUUGCUUUGUUUGCCCGACGUUAUGAAGAACUCUGAGCAUCUCCAGCAGAUUUUAGAAUAUUUAGGCUGACGUGUUGUACCUUCUGCGUUUUGCUUUGUUACAUAUGCUGUCUUAAGUUGGAUUAUUUUUAAAUCUGUUAAAAUAAAAUAUGAAUGAAAAUAUUAAACUUAUCGUAAAUCUCUCUUAUGAUAUGCCUCUAACUUCACUCUAAGGGGUUUUUACCUCUUCUAUCUUCUUUUUAAAGUAUUUAAUACAUCACCUAUUGGGCACAAGGCUUCUUUUUAUAUUUGUUUAUUUAUUUAUUUCAUGUUACUAUUUGAAUUUCUGACCUGACUAAUAAUCACUAACAAAAAAUCCAUUACCCUAAUAGAACUAACAAGUUGUGCCUUACACUAUUAAAAAUAUAUAUAUUUAGGCUUCCUCAUUUUUGUAAGGCUUUGUAUCAACCAUAUUUUACUUUUGUCGCAUUUUUCAAAAUAAACAUUUAGUGAUGUUUUAUAGAGUGUGAAUGUAAAUGUGACUAUCGACAUUAUUAGUGUUAUUACUAUUUUAAUGUUCAUUAGUGGAGAAUUAAGGAAUGAUCUUGCAAAACUAAAAAGGGGCAAGAAUGCAUUUCAUAAACAAAUGAAUAGCCAGAAGAUAAGAGAAUGUACUACUAAUGAACAUGCUAAAUGCCAAAACCACAUAUACUGUAUCUGUUAUGUUAUUGCAAUAAACACUUCCUAAUCAA